CAUCUCUCAUUAUUUAUUCUUUCUUAUAUCCAGCUAGAGUUGCAAUAAUUGUAAAAGAUGAUUGGACAAAGCUUCCCGGAGGAUCUUGAUUGUGGCAACUUCUUCGACAACAUGGAUGAUCUCAUGGACUUUCCCGGUGGAGAUAUCGAUGUCGGUUUCGGCAUAGGUGACUCCGACUCUUUUCCUACAAUCUGGACCACUCAUCACGACACGUGGCCCGCCGCUUCUGAUCCUCUCUUCUCUUCCAACACCAACUCUGAUUCAUCACCUGAGCUCUAUGUUCCGUUUGAGGACAUUGUUAAGGUGGAAAGACCACCAACCUUUGUAGAGGAAACCUUGGUUGAGAAGAAGGAAGAUUCGUUUUCGACAAACACGGAUUCAUCAUCUUCUCAUAGCCAAUUCAGGAGCUCAAGUCCAGUGUCGGUUCUCGAAAGCAGCUCCUCCUCGUCCCAAACCAUCAACACAACCUCUCUUGUUCUCCCUGGAAAGCACGGUCGUCCACGCACAAAACGCCCUCGUCCACCGGUCCAGGAUAAAGAUAGAGUCAAAGACAAUGUGUGCGGUGGGGACUCUCGCCUCAUUAUUAGAAUUCCAAAACAGUUUCUCUCUGAUCACAACAAGAUGAUCAAUAAGAAGAAGAAGAAGAAGGCGAAGAUUACUUCUUCCUCUUCUUCGUCCGGGAUUGAUCUUGAAGUCAAUGGAAACAACGUCGAUUCGUAUUCUUCAGAGCAAAGGAAAUGUAUGCACUGUGAAGUCACCAAGACUCCACAGUGGAGGCUUGGGCCAAUGGGUCCAAAGACGCUUUGCAAUGCGUGCGGUGUGCGUUACAAAUCAGGGAGGCUUUUCCCGGAGUACCGUCCAGCUGCGAGUCCAACAUUUACUCCAGCUCUUCACUCAAACUCACACAAGAAAGUGGCUGAAAUGAGAAGCAAGAGAUGCAGUGAUGGUAGCUACAUAACCGAAGAGAAUGAUCUGCAAGGACUGAUUCCGAACAAUGCCUACAUUGGCGUAGACUAAAACCGAGAAAAGAUGAUUCGAUUUCCAUGCGUUGAAGUGAUUAGAUAUGCCAGGAGUAGGAAAGAGUCAGUGAGCAGAAAAGUUUUAGCUUUAGAAGAGAUGAAUGAAGAGAACAAUCAAUU